CUCCUCCCUCCCUGUGCUCCCCCAUAUAAACCCCCACUACGUUGUUCUGCACACAACCCUUCCCACGCCCCACUUGCAAGACUUGUUGUGAAUUUCUUACACAUUUUCCUGGAGUCGUCCUUCGCACAUAAGUCAAGGUUUUUGAUUCACACUGAGGCUCGUGGCAACAUGAAAGGCUGCGUGGCUUUUGUCUUCUGUGUGGCAGCGCUGACUGCAUGGCUAAUCACUGCAGAUGCCAAGGAGUUAUCCAUCACCACUAUAAAGCAAGAACCGUACACCAUGAGCAAAGGCUCGGAGCUGGAGGGCUACUGCAUCGAUAUGAUCUCUGAGCUGUCCAAGAAGCUGGGCUUCAAGUACAAACUGCACCUGGUGAAGGACAACCACUACGGAGUCAUGGACUCCAGCGGCAACUGGAAAGGCAUGAUUGGUGAGAUCAUCAGAGGGGAGGCUGACCUGGCCGUGGCCCCGCUCACCGUCACUGCACUCAGAGAGCAGUUUGUGGACAUGACCACCCCCUUCAUGCAAACAGGAAUCGGCUUCAUCAUGCACAAAGACUCGGCCACCGAGGACAGCGCCUUCAGCCUGCUGUCACCCUUCUCCACCGACAUGUGGGUGGGUGUCCUCAUCGCAUUCCUGCUAACAGGCCUCUGCAUAUUCCUGGUGGGCAGGAUCAGUCCCACCGAAUGGGCCGAGCCAGACACAGAGGAGCACAGCUUCACGCUGCUGCACAGCUUCUGGUACAUCACAGGAGCCCUUGCCCUGCAAGGUGCCGGGCCUCACCCUAAGGCCGUGUCUGGGCGGCUCGUCAGCGCCAUCUGGUGGCUGUUCGCUGUGGUGCUGCUGGCCUGCUACUUCGGCAACUUCAGCUCCGUGCUGCACUCCGCCGGCAGACACGUGUCCAUCAGGAGCUUUGAAGACCUCGCUAACCAGGAUGUGGUGGAUUACGGUACUAUCGACACCGGAUCCACCAUGCUUUUCUUUAAGAAUUCCAACAACCCGGUGCACCGGCGGAUCUACCAGCACAUGGAGCGUAAGAAGAGCUUCGUGUCCAGCAUGGAGGAAGGGGUCCGCCGCGCCCAGGAGGGGAACUUUGCCUUCAUCGGUGAAGCCGUGUCCUUGGACUUGGCAGUGGCCCGCUACUGUAAAUUGACCCGUUCCCAGGAAGUCAUCGCUAUGAGAGCCUACAGCAUCGCAGCACCUUUGGGUUCCCCGCUGGUCAAAAACCUAACCAUAGCCAUCCUCCAGCUCAGUGAGUCCGGUGAGCUGACGUACCUGCGGGACAAGUGGUGGGCCAGCAGCUGCGGGGGUGCCGACAGGGCCCACACCUCCGAGGCCCUGCAGCCCCACGACCUGCGGGGCCUCUUCCUCUUCCUGGGCCUGGGGCUGUGUGUGGGGCUCCUGCUGGCCCUGCUGGAGCUCUUAUCCAGGGCCCGCAACCAAGCUAAGGAUGGCAAGAAAUCGUGCUGCUCGGUGUUGACAUCAGAGCUGAACUGGCGAUUUGGCAGCGGACGGGAGGGCGCGGAGCAAGACAGCUCAGACAAAAGCAAAGCCUAAAGGAAAAAUUUACAUGUUAGCUUUUGAUACAAUAGUGUCAGAGAUGAGAAUAAGCUGAGAGCCUCUGUCCUGUUCCAUAAAACACACUUUCUGUGUUUCCGUAGCAACAGCCGUGUGUUGUGUGGUCGUUCAGUGUGUUUUGAACUCUUCCAGAAAAGCUUGGUGACCACAUGGAACGCAUCAACUAGCAGCUACAGCGUAUUAAGUAACAAACCAAGGGUCUUAGAGCAUCAAACUGCAAAUACUAAUCACUCUGAUUUGUUCACUGUUCAGUGUUGUUGCAUCAUGUUAUCAGAUAUCCACAUACCACCCCCUACUAACUUACGUACAUGUCUUCUUGAACUGUAAUAGUUUUAUAACAGUUUCUAUUUGCUUGUAUAUUCCAAAUAAAUUCCCCAAUAUCCCAAA